AGUACUCAUUCGCAUGGUGAAAAAUAAUAGUCCGCAGUCUGCGUCACACUGAUCGAUUUAACGGCUUGCCAUAAUUAUGGCGAACUUUCCGAUCUUGCAAGAAAUAGAAGGUGAAUGGACAUCAAGUAAAACGGUGGAAAUAAUGGGCUUAAGAAUUCCGGCGUAUUUUACUGACGAUCCCCAGGUUCUGCUCGACUACAUUGUCAACUUCAAAACGAAAUCAGACGACGUGUUUAUAGUCAGCUAUCCAAAAUCAGGUAAAAUAUUGUCGUUAUUUUAAUAGUUGUUGCUGUUUUAUCGCAGGUAGCCCAAGGUGAGGUAAAAAUAAAAUUAGGAGAUCGCUAAAUAGCGCAAUAUAUAUGUUGUGGUUCAAUUUUUUCCUUGGUUUAAAUUUUAUUUUCCUUUGUUUCAAACUCAUUAUCAUACAUUACCAUACCCAAAAACAAAGGAAAAUAAAAUUUAAACCAAGGAAAAAAUUGAACCACAACAUAUACACGGUUGCAUACGUUUUAAAUACAGCAUUCGAUUCAUUAUGAGUGCCCCACUUUUAACGGCUUUAGACCUUCUCCCACGACUUUAUUUCAUGUGCUCAUCCCCAGGGCCUUGAAAUGGUGUUGUGGCCAGGGCUUGGUCUAGGAGUGACUUGAUUAUAGACUUCAAAGCUACUUAAAGUUUAAACUCAGUACUGACACUUGACUUUGAACGAGCAGUUAAAGGGAAACAUGGUAUAAACCAGUACUGGGUCGGUGGUCAGUUUGGGAUUCUCUUCUUCUCAGUUUCGUCAUUUGCUGAUAUAAAACUGUAGAUUAAAUUCUCCUCUAACUUGCCCCUAAUUUUUUAAAAUCAAAUUCAAAAAAAGUAUUAUUUUCUGUAUCCCUAGUAGUGAAUGAGCUUCCUCGCACGUCCAGUUGUAGGGCAUCACACGUAACGCUUUCUUCCCGUUUCAGUGCGAACGUUUGCAUGAUGAGCCAAAGGAAUGUGUGAAAAUCAGAAAGGUUUAUGCUAGUCCGUAAUCUACUUCUCUUGUUUUGCCUGUGUAGAGCAGAGUUUAAAAUACAAUUCGUAGCCCACUUUUGGUACCUGGUCCUUAAUUUCAAGUCUGUGUUUUAUAUCCAGUCCUCAAUUUGUACAAAGUACGCCUUCCGCAAUCCGCAGUCCUUACUCCAUGUUUCAAAAUGACCGGCUAUUCGAAGGACUUAACUUAGAAAUUGUAUUUAAUAAAUUCUUUAUCAAAAAGUAGAAGUCUCAGGGCCUGUCCUCGAAAUAGAGACUCCUGUAGUUUUAUUUUUGUGAGCAAUAAUUCUUUGCAUUUUGAGUGGUCGCUUGGUUACGGGAGGUUCGACUGUAUUUGCGACCUUGGUCUGAUUUCAAGGAGCGUAAAAGACAAUAUUCCCUGAGUAAUUUCAUAUUUCCUACACUGAGAGAACAAAACAAACAGCCAUCUGCUUCACGAAUUAAGUAAAAUCACCCCAUGCUCAAUAUUAUGCUCUGCUUCAUCUUCAAGUAUUUGGGAGUCAAAGCAACCACGAGGGCGAAGACAGCAAUAGUUCUUCAUAGUUUGCAACAUACGCGUAUAGCCCUCGCAUCUGCCCGUUGAAUUUUUCACUCUCUGUAUUACUUUGAAGCUAGAAAACAAUAGAACACUCAAAGGGGCAAAUGCAAUGGCGAUAUGCGCGUAUACUGAAAUUGAAUGCACCCUAUCAAAGCAACAACAACUUGGCACGUACAGCACAGUUCUGAUACAUUCCCCUCGGAGUCACUGCAUGCGGGCUACGACCUCGGCCAAUUUCGUUUCAUGGAGAACGUCAGACACAAGGCGACGAUUUUCUUUUUUAAACUUGCAAACCCUACUUAAGAAUUCUGUUUGACAAAUCGAACGAGGUGUAAUUAAAAGCUCCAUAUUAUGCUCUUACUACAAUGACGUUUUUCGCUUCAAAUCCUAUCAAUUGCAAAUAUAAAUUUCUUCACAGCAAUGGUGUCGCCAGGGUUUUUUUUUCCAGAGGUACCCACAAUUUUCUAAAUCUAUCAGUUCUCUCCCUCAUCGUCUAAAAAUCCCGGCCUGAUUGCCUUCUCCUUUCUUUUGAGUAUCGUGGGGUUAUACAAGAAGGGAUGGAAUGGCAAAUGGGUCGAAACCUUUGUACAGUUCCUUUAUCCUGCAGCUGCAAGCAGAGGUAUCUCUUUUGCGUGGCUGUUAAUGUUUUAUGCCGUGUAAACAAACCAACUAAGUGACAGACAAGCCACGCAAACGACUUCGUAAAAAAGCCAUGCAAGAAGGUCCUUUAAGUCCUUAAAAAACAAAGAGGAAGAAAAAGGAAAACAAUUCCCUAGUAGACAUACUACGCCUCAUUCAAAGCGAGUUCCAAACAGUUUGAAAAAGUUUAAAAACUGAAAGGAAAACUCUGACUUUCGGGGUAUUAUCCAAAAGGUAAAUACAUCAAAGACUCUAAUCUAUAACAGCAUUGUUCGUUUUUUGAAAAAAAAAAAUUGCAAUUUUUGCCCCGAAGCCUGCUUGUUUAUAAACUCAACAUGUUAAACCGAAAUAAACGCCACCCCCAGAUAAACGCCGCCCUCAAUUUAACGCCGUAGAUUGAACCAAAAUUACCAAUAAACGCCGCACCCUUCGAAUAAAAGGCGCACCCACUAAAGAAUGCGGCGUUUAUUCGAGGAUUGUAAGGAAAAAUCCGGUACAACUCAGUAGAAAGACACCAACCAAACAGUUAUGAUUCUACCUCAGCAAAAAAGCCGGACAUUAGAACUUGCUAUAUCUUUCUGUAUGAUUUAUCGUAAUUGUUGUCAGUAAUGUAACAAAUGUGAUUUUGAAAGAAAUGGCGCCCUUACAUAAACGCCGCAUCAGAAACGACAAAUAUUAUAAUAUUAAGCCGCGGCUUUUAGCGAAAGGAAUGGGGUAUGCUUGUUCUUUGUGAGAGCACUUUGAAAUUAUCAUAGUCCAUCUUAAUUCUCGCUUUUAAACAAAUGGCAAUGAGUAGCAUUAAUAAAGAAGAGCUGUUAUCUCCAAUCCAUCAACAAUCUUGGACAAAACUGUUGAGAAAAUUGCAUAUUUGGGGGGCAUUUUUUCUGAACUUCGUAGCUGACCGAUUCUUCCCUCCCCCCCUCCCCCUGGAAGCAGUGUUGUUGGGUCUUCAAAAGAAAGCCGGAUCCCUAAGCAUUUGUAGGAAGCAACUUUGAAUUGGGGGAGGGGGUAUUCUUUACGCAAAGCCGUUGAUUUGGAAAUAGUUUUGUUGCGUUAGGUAGUGUGCAUUAAUGAAAACAUUUUCUCGAGUAGUUUUGUCCAGGAUUGAAGGUUUCCCAGAUCACGCCACGAUUGGUAUUCCAAAGCACAAAAAGCGGCAAAAUCACCCCCCAUAUCCGCGAAAUCCGGCUAAAACGCAGUAAAACGUGGCUCCGUAUCACAGACCACAAUCGUGGAUAAAUCUUUACAAGGGUCAGAUACUGCGCAUGCUUGUGCUAUUCAUGAACACACUGAAUGUUAGAUACAAUGGUUUCAACACCAUCGAUGUGUCCCCUGCGAUCUAGGAAUCGCGUCACCAUUUGCGCUGCGAUUUGCCCCUGCUACGAAAAAUCGAACAACGUUCCGCGAAAGGUGACUUCCAUCGCGCCGCGAAUGGUAUUUCACGGCGCGAAAGGCGGCAAAAGUCGCGUCGAGAAUGCUGUGACAAUCAAAUGCGGAUUAAAUGAUGACAGCAAUCAAGGAAACUAGUGUUUUACAGAACUGCUUCAUCCCCUUUUCGCCUGAGACAAUUGUUAUUUUCAGUUAAAGCUAUUGUCGGGGUUUUUAGUCGAAACAGCAAUUUCCAGUUGCGGGUAUUUCUUCUCGAGUUCCAGGAGGAUGUCUGCAUUGAAAUGGUAUCUUAAAUAAUUUGUUGUCUCUUUAAGGAACAACAUGGCUUCAAGAAAUUGUCUGGCAGAUUUACCACAAUGGAGAAGUCAACAGCAAACGAAUUGAAGACCGUGUUCCGUUCUUAGAAGAGGCUACUAAAUCAAAAGAAUUGCGACCAGACAUUGUUAGUUUACCAAGCCCCCGCCUAAUUAAGACACACCUUUCUUAUGAAGCUAUACCUAAAGGUACAAACGAAGAAACAACGUGCAAGUACAUUUACAUCGCUCGAAAUCCAAAAGAUGUUGCAGUGUCAAAUUAUAAAUUCCACACAAGCUUGAGUAAAGAUACUGGAUUAAAUGCACCUUGGGAAUUUUAUGCCAAUCUCUUUGUUCAAGGAAAAAGUAAGUGAUGUUUUUGUUCAGGGGGGGGGGGGGGAAAGGUACUCCAUAUUAGGCCUUUCCCGAUUGUGUUUGGCAACGUUUGAGCAACUUUUGGCGUUUGCUGCAACUUUUUGAGGUUCUAGCAGCCUCGAGCAAAUUGUGCCUUUCUGAGCAACUUUUGAGCAAAAUAUAGAGCACAUAUCAAGGACGAAAAAGUCAACGAUUUCAUAAAAAACUUUAAUUCGUGCGAAUUUCUUGUAUGUUUAUCAACUUUUUAAAUUCUUUUUUGUAAAUUGAAAAUAGCUAAGUUUCCAGCUAUUUUUCUUGACCGAUGUUAGUAAUUAUUGUGAAGAACGAAAAACCGAGCUUUUGAAAUUUAGGGAGCAAGUUUUUGGAUUUUUGGCAAUUUUUUAGCAACUUUUUGGCAUUCCAGUGAGCAACCUUCCAAAAUCGGGAAAGGCCUACUCCCUAUAAGACCUAUAUGGCCAUUAGAAGGCUCCGCCCGCAAGGGGUACCUUUUCAGGCUUCACGGAUACGAAAGGGUUGUGAUUUCACUAGUUGAGCCUUAUAUGAAAAGUUAGGGAAAUCGGUCAUUUCGGUCUGUAGUAAAAAGGCCCAAUAGGGCUAACAGAUGCAUUUUUUGGCUGUAAAAAGGUCGAGAAAACGUUGUGGUAUUGAGAUUUAUUCAUAUUUUAAAGACGGUGCAUUUACAGCAGUUAAAUGCGAUGCAAUGUUCUAAACUAGGUAUGUGAAAGGAGUACCAUUUGUCAAUAGAAGGAAUAUGAAAGGGGUAUUUUUUCAGUCAAAAUUGGUAAAUUAUAGAGAAAGGGCUUGGACCUGAGGGCGAAACCUCCCCGUCCGAGAGAGAAUAGAGAACUUAAGCAACGACGACAACGACGGCUACGAAAACGUCAAUUAAAAAGUGAAGUCGCACUGCUUCAAACUUUAUCACACUUAUUUCAACUCGUUCAGUUCGUCAAAUGUUGGCAAUUUUUUCUGGAGUUGAAUUUUAAAAGACUGUAUUGAAGGUGUUGUCUUGUGUUCACGUUCUCCACAAAACGUGAAUUUCAACUUGAAUCUGACGUUUGCCGUUUGCCGUAUACGUGAGUACCUCCCGGGGAUUUUUGUAGUUGAACCUCGGUCGUGGUGCUGAGAAUCAGGAGCCCUACGUCUGCAGGGCGUUUUAACAUGAAGUCAAGGCGGCCAUGUUGGUGUUCCAAACAAAUCCUGAAAGGGAGCUGAACUCUUUUGUUUUUGUGCCAACAAAUUUGCAUACCGUAAAUCCUCUUUUAAGUCCCCCUCUCAAAUAAGCCUUUCCCUCUAAUAAGCUCCCUUCUUUUCCGGGGAAGAAGGUUAAUAAGCCCCCUCCUCUCUACCCACCUUCCCUCUACCCACCUCCCCUCCCCUGAUUAUUCUUCACAAAUGAAUGAUAGACUGUAUAAAUCAAUCACGACUGUAUAACAUCUUGUGGACUGAUCCAGGAUGGUUCGUUUAUUUACCAACUGGAACUUCGGAUUUUAUUCUGAUCCUCGGCUGCAUGACCUCCAACCCUCUUGUACUUGAGCUUUUUCGCUUCGUAUUCUAGUUCUUUAUGGAGAACUGAUACCAUCGUCUUUUCUAAAUUAAAUAAGCCCUCCUCUCAAAUAAGCCACUGUCUCUCUUAAGUUACCCUCAAAUGGACCUGAAAUAAAUAAGCCCCCCCCCCCCCGGGGGGGGCUUAAUUAAUAGACGAUUUACCGUAACUGCUGGCCACGGAAGUGAAAACGCUCUGUUCUAUAUUAGGCAUCAAAAUUCGAAACCACAACCCAGACUAACUAUGAAACCGGAAACUCUGAUUCUUCUUCUUCAUACCAAUUAUUGAUCGAUUUCCCAUAAAAAUUGAAGAAAAAAAAGAAAAUAAUUUUUCAUUGUCAAUACAUUUAUAGACCAUAGAAGUGACACAAUCCAAGAUUUGCGCCGGCUCGUUGUUCAACUUGAAAUUUGAGCAUUUUGAUGUUAUUUCUAGGGUCUUUACGAGCAUAGACGAUGAAAAUUAUUAAAUGGCCCAAAUAAUGAGGAAGGAACCCCACCUCUUCUCACACCAAACCGGAAAAAAACGGAUCGUUUCAAAGAAUCGAUCAACUUACACCACAGCCUACACAGCAGGCGCUAGUUUUUCUCGUUCUUCGGGCGAGCAUAGACUGCGAGCAGUCUCUCUUUUUCUUGAGAUUUAGUGAGGGGAGGGCACUCGCGCGCGAGCGUCGAACGGCGAAGCCGCGAGAGAGACGCGAGAAACGAGGUCGGCAGCCCAAGAAGAAAACAGAUAGGCCCUCUUUUUGUACCUCUCCCGUCUCGCGCCUUCAGUCACGCGCGUGGUCAUUUGCGUGUCUCCCACGUUUUGCUCGACGAACGAAGAAAAAAGAGAGACUGCUAGUAGUCUAAGACGAGCACGAAGCUGACGUGAAAGGAGCAAAAAACGGCGCCUUCCCACUUCGCGUGUGUCUCGCGUACCGCUUCCGCUUCGUGCUCCCAUCGUGAGAAAUAGCGCCUGUUCUGUAGGCUAUGUACUUACACAACUGUUAUACGUUACAGCACUUUGGAGUCACUGGGAUAAACAUGUACUUGGAUGGUGGAAACACAGAGAUGAUGCUAACGUCUUGUUUCUUAAAUAUGAAGACUUGAAAAAGGUUUGUAAUUAUAUUGAACGAUAACUGUUGAGCAAUUUUCAGGGGUGAAUAAAUUUAUUACAUUUGUUUUGCACUGAUUAAUGCUUGUGGCUAGAAGAAAAGUUUUUUACUCCAACUAUGACUCGAACGUUUUCAAGUCAUGAAGAUCAUAGUACGUUUUAAAAAUCAUAGGAAGUGUACCUUCUGGUAUGUUGUGACGUUGUACCAUUUUUUCUUGCUUUUGUUUUUUGUUAUUACAAGUUUGCACAAUCGUCCCCCAGAGCAAUCCCAUAUUGUAAUUUCAGGUAUGACUCACUGGCAAACUCAGAAUUAUCAGAAACACUAGUGAAGGCAAAACCACAACGACAAACCAGUGAGGGUCGGCUGGAUCUUUAGUAGACUGGAUCGGUAAAAUCUUGAGUACCAAACUUUAAAAUCAAAACAGUAAACUGAUCCUUACGGCAGGAAGAAGGAUGAAAAAAAUAUAGAAGGAAAACAAAAAUAAAGGGGUGAAUUAUAUUUUCCCGAUAUUUCGGAUUGUAGCACAAAACUUCAACGUGGUAUGCGGCUACGUGGCUACGCGAGGGGUAAUAGCUUCGAAGCGGCCGGGUUUGCUACGUAGCCCCGUAACCGCGUAGCCACUGCUAUAGGGGUAUAGCUUCGAAAUGGUCAAGUAUUCUGCAGGUAAGCUAUCUGAGCUUCUAAAAUGUCUCUUAUUGCGAAGGCCAUUAAAGUACAUUUGUAGUUCAAUUUCAGGGAUCAUUGAUAGAAGCAAACCGUUCUAAAUAGCAUUUUUAUCAAAAUACGCAUUUAUAAUUAGAUAGUCACGACUUAAGUGGCUUGAGCAUCUUCUGUACGGUUCUCAAGUGAAGCCUUUUUUAAACCCUUUGUUUCUUAUACAGAGCCGUUUUAGUGUCGUCACGCAACGCUGCUCCCCAAGGGAGGGAGGAGUGUUGCGUGACGACACUAAAACGGCUGUGUAGCAGACUAUUUGUUUCUUCCCUAAAUAGGAUCUUUUAAAACAUGUUCGUGUAAUCUCCGAGUUCCUGAACAAGCCCCUUUCAGAUGAACUCCUAAGUCGCAUUACAGAGCAGUGUACAUUCAAUGGAAUGAUGAAAAACCUGAAAAGUUACCUUCUGUCCGAAACAGAGGAUGGACCAAAAUUUCUGCGCAAGGGUGAAGUGGGAGACUGGAAGAAUUUCUUCACUCCAGAGCAAAGUGAGAGAUUUGACAAGGAAUUGUUGGCAAAAUUAGACGGGACUGGAUUAGAGUUUGAAAUGUAGCAAACCUGUUUUCAUUAGAUAUAUUCCAACUUUAUAGAAGGCGCCUCUAAAAACGUUAGGGA